UCUGGUAUAAAAGGCCUGACAAAUUUUUACUUAUCAAUUCAACAAAUAAUUUUCAGCUCCAUCCCCAUUUCUUAAGAGCCAGAUACAUCUAAGAAAGCGAUCAUGAUUCAGUUCGAAAGUUCCUUUAACGCCGAAAAAAAGAUUUGGUCCGGUAGAAAAGUGAAACAAAUUUAUAAUUCAAAAUUAUCCGUUGGUGAACUGAUUCGAUCAAUUUUGCAACGUAAUCCUAAAAAGAUUGGUCAAAUUUGUGAUGAUAAUGGAGUGCGACUUACGAAUGGCGAGAUCUUGCUACGAGCCUAUAAAUUCGGAUACUAUCUCAUGGAUAGAUGGAAUCUACAAAACACGGAUGUGGUGGGAAUUAUAGCCAGAAACACGGAAAACCUAGCUCCACUUGUUUUCGGACUGUUCUUCUGUGGUGUGCCAGUUAAUGCCGUGGAUACCUCUUUCAGUAAAGAUGAAAUUAUCAACAUAUUCAAAUUUACAAAACCUAAACUGGUUUUCUGUGAUGCUGACGUAUAUCUGACAGUCAAAAAUUGUAUGGAAAUAUUGGGGAAUACCGCCACCAUCUAUAUUGUAACUGGAAAACAUGAAAAAGGGACGACUACCUCAGUAGAUGAAAUCUUAGACCAAGUUACAGAUGAAGAAGCCCAAAAAUUUAGACCCAAUGAACCCGAAGAUGCCACAAAUCACCCUGCCAUGAUUGUUUGCUCAUCAGGGACAACUGGACCCGCCAAAGGGGUGUGCCUAUCACAUAAUGCUCUACUUCAAGAUGGAAAUUUAAAGUUUCUCCGAGAGACCGACAUCCUGCUAUGUUUCAGUUCCCUGUACUGGUUGUCAGGGGUAUUAUCUCUUAUUGUAGGAACCAUCCGCGGUCUAACAAGAAUCAUCACUAGUCAACCUUUCACUCCCGAGUUAAUGCUAGGCUUAAUAGAACGAUACCGAGUUACAUCUAUCAUAACUCCGCCAUCGCAACUAGCAUUGAUGCUCCAAUGUCCUAACAUCAAAACCAGGGACCUAUCCAGCCUUCGCGACUAUCAUUGCGGAGGUAGUCUGGUUUCACCUGCACUCUGCGGAGAAAUGGAAGAGUAUCUUCCAAAUGGGAGAAUAUCAGUUGUAUACGGAUCAACAGAAAUAGGAGGAGCUGUAAGCACUAAUAUGAAUCCUUUCAAGUCUGGUUCAGUUGGAAAACUAGUUGACAACGUUCAAGUGAAAAUUGUGGACGAUAAAGGUACUGCAUUGGGACCUAAUGAAAAUGGAGAGAUUUGUGUGAAAACCGUAUACAAAUUUCUUGGUUACUAUGGCCGGGAAAAGGAUCUUGGUACUGCCUUAGAUAGCGAAGGCUGGAUCCACACUGGAGAUAUUGGUCACAUGGACAAUGACGGGUUCUUAUUCAUAGUCGAUAGGAAGAAGGAAAUAAUGAAAUAUAAAAAUUUCCAUUUCUCACCAAGUGAACUAGAAAGUUUUCUUUUGGGCCUCCCGGGUAUUAGUGAAGUCUGCGUUUGUGGAAUCCCGGACCCAAUCUUUACUGAUCUUCCAGCCGCCGUCAUUGUACGCAGUAAGGACUCAACUAUCCCAGAAAAGGAUAUUCAUAAUUACAUGAGGAGUCACCUAUCAGACCACAAGCAGCUGCGCGGUGGGAUUUAUUUCGUGGACAGCCUACCUAUGACCGCCUCGGGGAAGUACAAGAGAGGAAUGGUAAAAGACAUUGCUAUGGAGUUGUACAGAAAGAGGGUGAAUGGUAAGAACCACCUAAUCUAAGUGAAUUAAAUAAUAAAACCAU